AUAUUUACAUUACUCUUUGUCUCAUGUCGGAAAAGAAGCAAUGUUGUGUUGUGAUGAGGGUUAACUUGGAUUGCAAUGCUUGUUGUAGGAAGGCAAGGAGGGUUAUCAUCAAUAUGAAAGAAGUUGAUACACACAUGAUCAGCAAAAAGGAACGUCAAGUAAUCCUUUGCGGAAGGUUUAAACCAUCGGAUGUUGCGGUGAAACUGCAAAAGAAGAUGAGACGGAGGGUCGAGAUUCUCGAAGUUGAAGAUCUCACCGGUGGCCAUGGAGGAGAAGAAGAAGGUCAACACGAGCAAGAGCCACCACCACAACCAUAUGAACAGCCGUAUGACUAUUCUCAACAGCCUGAUCACUUGACUAGUACACCAUAUGAACAACCAUAUGGCUAUUCUCAACAACCUGAUCAAUUGACUAAACCAUUGUUGUGUUAGUAAUUUAUUUCUAUUUCGUUUGUUUAUAAUUUCCCAUUACAUAUACAUAUUUGCAACAAAAAUAAUGUAAAAAGAAUUAUAAUUGUGUAUAUUAUUACCAACAUGUUUGC